GGGCGUCUGGGGGCCCUGGUGGCGUCGUGACUCGGUCCGACUUUCUCGGCCGUCGUCCUGGCUUCACAAGCUGGCCGAAGUUGCGGGGUUUAAAGCAGCCAGCUAAGCGGGCUAGCGUUAGUUAGCUCCUACCCGCGCCGACGUCUGCCAGGGCGGACAAGUCUCUUCGCGGCUCCGCUCACGUCGGAGAGAUUAGCGGCACGUCUAGCGUCGAAACGCCCGCGGUGCGGCGACUAAAGAGCUUAACAGCAACUCGGGUCUUAAAGGGGGGAAAGUUGAGUUAAGGGUCGACAUCUCGGGAUAGACGGAGGACCGCGUUCACGUCUCGGCCACUGUUCGAGGGCAUGCUCAAACCCCAGUGAUGGAGUCCACUGUUGUGAGUACGUCCACCCUGGCCCCCGACGAGUUCGACAGGAAUGUGCCGCGGAUCUGCGGGGUUUGUGGCGACAAAGCCACUGGCUUCCACUUCAACGCCAUGACCUGCGAGGGCUGCAAAGGCUUUUUCAGGCGCAGUAUGAAGCGCAAGGCCUCCUUCACCUGUCCCUUUAACGGCAAUUGCACCAUCACCAAGGACAACCGGCGCCACUGCCAGGCAUGCCGGCUCAAGCGCUGUGUGGACAUUGGCAUGAUGAAAGAGUUCAUACUGACAGACGAGGAAGUGCAGAGGAAGAAGGACCUCAUUCAGCAGCGGAAGGACGAGGAGGCCCAGCGCGAGGCGGAGAAGGAGGCGCGGCGACCUCGUCUCAGCGACGAACAGAGUCAGGUCAUCGCCACGCUGGUGGAGGCGCACCACAAGACAUACGACGACUCCUACUCCGACUUCUGCCGCUUCAGGCCUCCUGUCCGCCAGGGCCCGGUGACACGCAGCGCCAGCAGAGCGGCGUCCCUCCACUCUCUGUCCGACGCCUCCUCCGACUCCUUCAGUCACUCCCCAGAAUCGGUGGAUGCCAAAAUGAACUUCAACAACCUGUUGAUGAUGUACCAAGAACAGGGCAGCAGCCCUGACUCCAGUGAGGAGGAAGGCUCCAGUUUCUCCAUGCUGCCCCACCUGGCAGACUUGGUCUCCUACAGCAUUCAGAAGGUCAUUGGCUUUGCCAAGAUGAUCCCAGGCUUCAGAGAGCUGACUGCAGAGGACCAGAUUGCUCUGCUGAAGUCCAGCGCCAUCGAGGUGAUCAUGCUGCGCUCCAAUCAGAGCUUCAACCUGGAAGACAUGUCCUGGAGCUGCGGUGGGCCCGACUUUAAAUACCAGAUCAGCGAUGUCACCAAAGCAGGCCACACUCUGGAGCUGCUGGAGCCGCUGGUGAAGUUCCAGGUGGGCCUCAAGAAACUCAACCUGCAGGAGGAGGAACACGUGCUGCUGAUGGCCAUCUGCUUGCUCUCUCCAGACCGUCCAGGCGUGCAGGACCAUGCGCGCGUGGAAGCCCUCCAGGACCGUCUGUCCGAGACCCUGCAGGCCUACAUCCAGCUCGCCCACCAAGGCGGGAACCUGCUCUACGCCAAGAUGAUCCAGAAGCUGGCGGACCUGCGAAGCCUCAACGAGGAGCACUCCAAACAGUACCGCUCCCUCUCCUUCCAGCCCGAGCACAGCAUGCAGCUCACCCCGCUGGUGCUGGAGGUCUUUGGCAGCGAGGUCUCCUAGUGGCAGGCCCGCACACACCAGGGUAACACUACGACGAAAAUGGAGGGAGGGAGCUGAUGAUGUCCUGUACCGACUAAAUGGAGUCGUGAAGUCUCUCUAAAGAAGUCAAUGUGGCGAGAGAGCAGAUAAUAACAGACAGUAAACAAGGGAACUACAUUCAGUACAACUUAAGCUAAACACUCAACUUCUGCCUAUUUACAAGGUUUUUAAGUCAGGGAUGCACGAUAAUGGAAAUUUGAACCAAUACCGAUAAUUACCAAUAGAUACCAAUAUUUAUGUAUUUACACAAGAUUGUGUUCAUGAAAUGUAUUUAAAAUGUAUACUCUAACUAAGAAUAUGCCAACCUAUUGUAGAGAACUGAUAUGUCAUGACGUUAUUAGUAGAAGUACACUUCCUGCUAUAAUUCUGACCCGUGAAAACAAUCAGAAUCAUUGUGUGGGAAUUUAUUGAUAUUACAACUUUUCAAUUAUUUAAUUGAUAGACCGCAAGCAACUCAAACAUUCUGAACAUGUUCUUGUAGGAUGAAAAACAACAAUCUGUCACAUACUAAACUCAACUUGGCGACAACACCGAUGCAAGCGGAGUCACAUUUCAAAUGAUACAUUUCCCGGACAGUAAUCGAGUGCCUGAAUAUUGCUUAUCAUUCGCAAUCUUUACAUGAGACAACCACUCGUUUUACUUUUUUAAUAUGCAUUCUCAUGUAAAUACAAUCAGCUAACAUUUGAGGUACUGGGAUUUGCUCUAUUCCGUGAUUUAAAGUGCUCUAAACACACCUAAAAACCUCCAUCACAGUUUUAUUUACACACUGUAAGUAUAAAUGUAACAUUCAUAAUAACAUGUCAUAUUUUUUUCAUUUUAAGCAUACAGCGGCAUAUUUAAUACCACAGAUGUGUCACAAUGUUGGUUAUUUCCUCUAACAACAAGACUACUAGUCAUGGCAGACUUCAUGAGAGACAACUACUACUACUUUCGGGCAAAUUAUUAUUUUUGAGCCUGAAUAUAAGAAGGAUGAGCUACAAGUUUUAAAAGAUGAGUGAUUAGCAGAUCGAGCAAGUAGCAGUAUCUCUAAGUGCUAAACAAGAAAUAUAAACUACGAACUGGGAUGUCGACUGUUAGGAUGUUGAUAUCUUUUCGUUUAGAUGAAGAAUUAUUCAUAAUCCACACACAGGUAAAAAAAACAAACAAGCGUCUUUUCGUAUCUUUCCUACCAUUUUCGGGUCUAAGUUGUAUGUCAGAGUUGACCAACUUCUCGGUUUAUGGCCACAACCUUCUACUAUACAAGUUUAUUUAUAACCUACAAUUAACUUUGACACACUAAGAGGCGAUGCAGCAGUGCGCCGGCUCGGUAUGUCAACAGCUGCAUACGCUAGUUAGCUCUCUGUGAUCACGCCGUUGCUAAAUGUAGUUCCUCUGCGUUAGCACUUCUAAUUACAAUAUCGCAAACACUUGGUCAAUAUGCAGUUCACGAAAUUGGCGGUUUUGGGAUGUUUUUUAGAGGGCUUCAUAGGCGCAAUAGACGACUCCUAUUAGCUGCAUUGUUAGCUUCCCGUAUUUUACAAAUUGGAAUGCAGAAAAAAACGUUCUUGUCUUACAAAGGAUUGUGAAUGAUAGGCAACAUUUAGAACAAAGUGCACCUUAAGGAGAGUGAAUCCAAUAACAGUGGGACAAUGAUUGUAAGUCUUUAUUAUUAUCGGCUCAUUUUUCAUGAUUGGAAUGAUCCAUGUGGCGUCAGUAUCGGUGGAUAAUUAUCGUGCAUCUCUUAACUUAAAUCAACGCUGCUUCAAAUGCCUGGACAUUUUUGUGCGCGCGUUUACAAUGCACAUCAACAACACUCUCAGUUAUUCAUUUAGCCAUUCCGUUGAGCUACCUCUUCUUCUUUUUCGUUUUUUUACCGGGGUUGUUUUAUAUUUCUAUCACUUAUGUGACAUUGCAAGGCUUUAGAUACAGUACGGACGACGUUUUAUUUGACGAGAUCAGUGCCUCGACAUACUUUGAGUUGAUGUUAUUUUGCUUCUCUCCAAGCGGGUGUGUAUCGUCUCUCACCAAAGGUGUUGAACAACCAUAACAGUCUUGCAGCCGCUCGUUCCUCACUAGCCUCACAACCCCUGAAGGAAAACGGUCAGUAUUUGGCUUUAUAUUGAGUGUGGUCUGUCAUUUACAUUUGCUAGGAUUUCGGUUUGCCUGGUUCCAAAGUGAGAAUCAGCCACUAAAUGUGUUUUUUGUUUUGUUUUGUUUUUUAACUGCAAACUGUCAAUCAAACCGGGCCAACAUUAUGGCUUGUUGCUCUUAGUUUGUUUUCCUAAUGCCUUUCUUUACAUAGUUUAUUUUGUGUAAAUAGUUCAUUGCUAUCACAUGUAUCCUCAGCACUGUUAUAUCACCUUUUAUUCAAGCCCAUGUACCGAUACACAUGAUCCAUAUAUCACAGAUUUUUAAGGGCUAAAAUGCCAAAUCUAACUGGAAUUAAGGCCCAAGUCUGAGGCCUGAAUUGUUGAGAUGUAUACAGUAUGUAUAUAUGUGUGUAAAUAUAUGUAUAUAUGUGUGUACAUAUAUAUGUAUAUGUAUAUA